CGAAACACAUCAUUCAGUUGUGUUCCUUACGUACAUAUUGACUCAUCCGCUAAAAGUGUUUUUUUUUUUCAAAACCUGACCUCUAAAAACGAUUCAACAUGACGGCCACUCAAAAAGACAUUAAAGAAAUGAAAUCGUUGAAUAGAGCUCUGGAGGAUAUUCGUGACAACCUACUCGAAAUAAAAAUCGAAAAAGCCUUAAAUGACAAAGAGUUGGAGGGUACUGACGAAUUGCUGGCUAACGAAACGGCUCGCAAUCUUCGAAUGAUUAAACGAGUGGAAGAAAUGUGCCAGCUUGCCGACGAGGAGAACGCUAAAUCCGACAGAUUUAUCCGAACCUCCUUAAGCAUCAGCAAAGGAACCCUUGCAAGUAUUACAAGUUUUACUGAGGGAAAAUUGAAAGAGUUCAAAGUUGCGAAAAACUUGAGAAAGGCGAACAUGGAGAAAAAACUCAGUGAUGAAAUUGAUGCAUACGUGAGAAGCCAUCCGUCAGUCAAGAAUCUUCAUCAGAAUGAAGUUCAGCAGGUUGAAGAUGAGCGCACUCUUAAGAGAAUUACUGAAGAAGUAAAGGUUUUACGAUCGAGCAGACGUUCUGUUGGCGAAAUGUCCGAUGCAAUGUUUCAGCUAAGUGUUGUCGACUUCUCGACUUUGAUUCUACGUUACCGCGCCUUGACGGAUCAGCUGAAAAAUCCGAACGCUGAAAAAGUGGCACGUGGAAAACAAAUGCGGAUGUUUAUGUCCAUGCGCAUGUUACGUUUACCAUCACCAGCUGUGCCAUCAGCAGCUGGCGGAAAUGAAAACAACGAUCAAACAAUGUCCGAGAUUGCAUCCUCUUACACGCAUCAAGAACUUGAUACGGGUGAAGCUCCGGAGGCAAUGUCUGCAGAACCUAGUGUUCUGGAUCCACUCAGUGGAAGCACUCAGGACAGUAAUAACACUUUCGAUCGAGGCUCAUUUUCUCGCUCUGCAAUGAGAGUGAAGAGAUCUGACGAAUCGGACAAUACGAAACGUUCAACAUCGCUCAAAACUCCAACUCAAUUGGCUAUUACACAAAAUGCCAGAGUUGAAACGCAGGUAGAAGAAGUAGUUUCGCGACAAUCCCAGCGAGCUAUGCCAAUUACUGGUUCGUUCAAAGCACCAGCUGACCAGUCGAGUUCUUCACAAAAGACCAAAAAAGCAAAAGUGACAUUCGCAGAAUAUGAGUCAUCUAGCUCCGAAGCGGAUGUUUCUAAAUAUGUGAGAGCCUCAAGUUCUAAUGCUCCGAUGGCCUCAGAAAAUAUGAUUGAUGAAGAUGCACCGCACAACGAAAAUCAAAGUUCAUUCAACGACGAAAUUUCGCCGGACAGCGCAGAUGACGUUCAAUUGAACGGCUACGAUGAAAUGGAUCUGCAAAUUGGUAACCAGAAUGAUUUUGAAAUCCAAGAUGAUUUUGACGAUCAAAUUUCCAAUUGGACAUCGCUUGAUCCCAAUGGAAUGGACUCUCGAGGAGUAUCGCCAACACCCAAUUUUGAGGAUAUGUUUAAUGCGGCUAAUACACUCGAAGAUGACGAGGCUCAAGAAAACCCGGAACAGCCAACUGACCACGAUGGCUUCGGAUUUAAUUUCGAAAACAGCAACGCCGCGGACCUCUUCGAAUAAAAAUCAUCAGAACUCAUCCAUUUUGCGGUUCGUGAAUUUUUUUCUUCGUUUUUUUUUUUAUUUGUUGAUCAAAUGUUGAUUUUCUAUACUUUUCCCUGAAUUAACUAAAUUCACAACAAUCAAUUGAUUAACUCGAAAAAUUUGUAAGUUUUCGUUACUAAUGUUACAAGGAAAGUAUUUUGUUGAAAAAUUUACAAAUUUGUGUAAAUCCCAAAGAUUUAUUGUCGUCA